CGACGAAGAGAAUCGUGAAAAAACUAUACUUCCGGCUUAUUUCAAACGGUUUUUCCUCUUCGUCCGACUUUUCAUUCAGACGGUCCGGCCCGAUUCAUCCUUAAUACGCGUGAAUUAAUUAUCGAGCUUGAGCGGGGCAGCUCGAGUUGCACAUAAUGAAUAACAAUGAAGAACAAUAAAGUUCGGGCCAUCAGAGCGCAGGAAAACCUCUCGUGGGUCUAUCUGGCGGGCUGCCGUUUCCCUGGGACAUUAACUUUCGACUAAUCCCCGUUUAUGCAAAUCCAGGAGAGUCGGAGCAUCUGUUCGCAUCGCAUCGCGUCGCGUCGCCCGAGGGCUCCGAUUCUUGACUUUUAAUUCUCGAUUCUCGGAUCUCGGAUCUCGGGCUGCCCCAUAAUCAAGGACGGUUACGUCAUCGUCAUCUAAGUUCAGGAGUUCAGAACGCCGCUGCUGACGCUGCAGAUGCUCGCUAACGAGAACAAUUAGGAGUUCCACUUUACGCUCUAAAAAUAAACACGGGGGCCACUUUAAAACUUUACUGUCAUAACUACCAACCGCUCAACCAGAUGCGACCCCAUCUUAUAUUAAUAUCCCCCUGCACGGACCCCCGCUCCCUUUUAAUAUGUACAAGACUCUCUUUCGCAACAUCUUCGGACAGAACGAGAAACUUGGAGGAUGUGAAGAGGGUUCGAGACUUCUCGGAAUCACUUUCGUCAACAGGUGUAUUUUCCUGGGAAAGCAGUACAAGGCAACUUCCUGCCGCACAUAUGUUCAUCGCAUCCACGAAUUUGAAGGAAGCUGGCGAGAUCCUCCGAUGCAUCAAGAGCAGCCAGACUACGUGACAAAUUUGAGGAAAAAUGAGCCUGACCGCUUCCACUUAGCGGUCUGUCGGCUUUCCCAUGACGGAAUACCGUCUAUGGGCAUAAAAUUCGUAGCCGUGAGCGUGUGUGGGACAUUCGUUGCGUCGCGACGUCCCGAGGGGAAGCGGACCCUCCAGGACGGAGACAGUCCGGUCGGUCCGGACGUCGCCAAAGCGAGCAGGUGCUGCAGAAUCCCUGCACUUCCCCUUUUGCAGACGAAUUUCCGCGUGGAAAAUCUACCCGGAUGAAGACGACGAUCGUCGUGGUGUGUACCUUAUAGGGAAACGACCGCUUCGACGUCACCCUCAGAAGCGAUCUUCGGUUC